AUGUUGAUCAUUAUCUUCUACAUUUCUUUCGUUGCGGGUAUUGCCCUUGCAGUAGACAAGCCAGUGAGCCGUGAUAUCAACACAAAGCUAGAAAAGAAAACGGCUACUGAGCUCGACAAGUUGCAGCUCGUCAAAAAUGACUAUGCAUUUGACUUCAAGAAACACGACAACUUCUCCGCGGCAACUGGUCAUGGGCUGACUGUCACCUGGCUCGCUCUUGGGCUCUGUGCUAUGUUGCCGCCUCACUACCACCCCCGUGCCACCAAUUUUGUGGUCGCUGUUGAAGUCCAGACUCAGACAUGGAUGAUUCAAGAGAAUGGUGCUGACCCAGCCACUACGACACUCAACCCAGGACAGCUGACCAUCUUCCCCAGGGGCAGGUGCGGCUAUGCCACGCUUAUUUCAGCCCUUGACUCCGAUGAUACGGGCACCUUGAGUAUACUCAACGGCCUUUUCAAGUUGCCCAAUGACAUGGUUCAGGCUGCCUUCGGAGGCAUUUCGGGAUCGAAGAGUAGCGAAGGAGGUGGAAAUCGCGUUCCUGGUGUGGGUACCGGAGCUGCCCUCGGAUCCGAAGAGUGCUUGGCUAGGUGCGGCAUGGGAAAGCGCUAG